AUGAAGAACUCCAUGACGCUCGCUCUCGUGUUCCUCUUCGGUGCGUUGGUCGUGGUCAGCUGUGACAGCUACGGGCAGGUCUACUGCGGCAGGAGGCUGGCUAAUACCCUCGCCCUGCUUUGCGAGAACAACCUUCUGGUCAAAAGGACCAUGGCCAAAGACAUGCCUGAUGGCUUCGGGUGGCCUUGGAUACCCCAACACAGGGCCAACGCCCUCGGCAGGGCCAAACGCCAGGUCGUCUCGGAGUGCUGCGAAAAGGCCUGCACCAUCGACGAACUGCUCUCCUACUGC